AUGCUCCGGAGCACUUCUCGUCUUUCUCUCCUCCUUCGUAAUCUCUCUUACCGUCCUCCUGUCCGUACCCAGCAGUCGCCUUUUUUCUCUACAUCCGUCAAUAUGUCCAUGACUCCUGUCUCUGCUAAGGAAGCUUGCCCUCCUGCGGGCCCCUACGUAAGUCCGUCCACGCUCAUCCAAUGCCCAUGGCGCAAACCCAUUCAAAACCAUCCAUGCGAAUCCCAAUCCCUCGCAGAAAUAACGAACCCAACUAACCAAAUCUCUCCGUACAAACAGUCCCAAGCCAUCAAAGCCAACGGCCAGAUCUUCGUCUCGGGCCAGAUCCCCGCCGACGCUAACGCCAACCUCAUCGACGGCUCCAUCGGCGACAAGACCCAGGCUUGCUGCGACAACAUCAAGGCUAUCCUUGACGCUGCCGGGUCGAGCGUGCAGAAAAUUGUUAAGGUUAAUGUCUUCUUGACUGAUAUGGCCAACUUUGCGGAGAUGAACGCUACGUAUGAGAAGUUCUUUGUGCACAAGCCGGCUCGUAGCUGUGUGGCUGUUGCGCAGUUGCCCAAGGGUGUGCCGGUUGAGAUUGAGUGCAUUGCUUUGGAGUAA